UGGAGAUGGACAGGCUGUGUGUGUUUGUCGCUGUCACUGCACUCUUCUAUUCCUUUUCCUCUAGAAACAGGAGUGUCUCUGGAGUGGAGGUGGAGCUGAGAGUCCAACCAGAAGACAACGUUACUCUCCACUGUGACUGCAGAGCACGAACUGGGGUGUACAUUGUGUGGUACAGGACAUGCUUUCAUAGGAACCAGCCUACUCUGGUCCUGUCAACGUCCUAUAAUGCCAGAAAAACUGGAUACAAUCUACGAAAUGAGAAACUUCUGAACCCCUUCCCAGGUUUCACGCUGGUGUGGAACCAGUCUAAUGAAAGCUUUGAUAUCCUGAUUGUGAAUGUGACUGAGUCUGACCUGGGUCUCUACUACUGUGGAACUGAGGAGAAGACGGUGGAGGAUAUAGAAAAGAUCGCAGAGAAGAAAAUCUAUCGCUAUGGAAAUGUCACUAUCAGUCUUUCUUUUGUGUCAGUUCCAAAGCCAGGUCUUUCAGAACCGGUCAACCCUCCUGACCCAGAGCGGAAUCUGUACUGGAUCCUGCUGCUCACUCUAUGUCCUGCCUGUGCUCUCCUCUCCUCCAUCCUCUCCUCCACAAUGGUCUACUACUUCUGUUGCAGGACAAUCGCAUCAAAGGAACCUCGAGGACAUCUCACGCCGGACUCCAGGAGGGGAGAGAGCAGAGUACAGGAGGAAGGAGACCUGUGUUAUAGUGCCCUGGACAUUCGCCAGGGACCGAGGAGACCACAGACGACAAGGAGGACGAGGACUUCUGAUGUCAUUAUCUACUCGGCUGUCAAAACUAGUGGAGUGAGUCAGUGAGCACAAUGUACUAGCAGCAUCCAACACGUGUGCUGGAGGAUGACUGAUUGUUUUCCAAAGGGUUUUCAGUUUUUCUGAAGUUUAAUCAGAGAUGUUUUGGGCCAAAACAAGUUGACCCAUUUGUGGAUACAGUAUUCAAAUGAAUUAAUCUAGAUUACUUUGCUAGGCAACCAUUUGUACUUUUACUGAUGACUGGAAAUACUUUAGUUUUGUUUGUAUAACAUUUAUUGUGAAUGUAUUUUAAACACGUUGUGAUCUUAAUUCUGUUGUUUAGAAAUAAAGUGUUGCGUGUGAUAGAUAGUAGGAUGUGAACUGAAGAGCAGGAAGAAGCAGGAAGGCAACAUUUUAAAAAAGUAUUUUUUUUUACUCAAGAACACGAGGGGAAUACUCUAGGAAACCAUCACUGAGAUGUUUAUCAAGACUGACAAAGGGAGCAGACAUAUAUACACGGCAGGAAGAUCACAAUGGACAACAGCUAAGUGAUUGGAACGAGACGCAGGAGUGAAGGGAGAGAGAAAGCCCAUACUAAGACCCAACAGGCACCCAGGCAGACAAACAGAAAACAAUGGGGGCAGGGAAAACCCGGAGAACUUAAUCUGUUUUCUAUUUGAACCAAGACCUUAUUUUAAAAGACUGACAUUAGGUUGAAACAAUCUAACCACUUCUAUUCUAGAACUCGAGGGUGGAGGCUUGAAUUGCUAACAGAGAAACCCCAACAGCUUUUGAUAAUGGUGGAAGAUGUUCAAACUGAUUUUAACCACGUUAAGAGGUUGUCUAAGAAACUAUCAAUGUCAAAAACAAUACACUAAUACAUAUCUUUUCAAUAUUAUGUUUCAUAAAUAUCUUCAACAGACAACUGCAACCACAUAGGAAAUCCUGCUGAAACAGUAAAGAAUGACAAUUUUCAGUCAUUUUUUUCCAUUUAGCCACAAUAGCAUUAGGGAUUAGACCUGGUUUCCAGUAUUAGAAUUGAUCCCGAUUGUGUUUGACGGUGUUUAGGGCAGGGACAUGUGCAGGCCAGUCAAGACUAUCCACAGCAAAUUAGACAAAACAUUGCUGUUUUUUUUGCCUUUUCAGGGAAGACCCAAAGCACCUCUCAUCCUCUUCUUUCAAUUUGUUGACUUUGAUCAAUUUGACUUAAUUACAUUUGAGGUGAUUUUCUUCUGUGCCAGCCAGAUGAGUUUGUGUGGCUUUGGUGACAGAGACGCACACAAAAAUCACAACAGUUUCUGUUAACUGCAUAGAAACUGUCACAGGAAAUAUUCUGGUAUGGCAGACAACUUAGUUGCUGCAGCAAUUCAGGCUGUUUCUGUGGCUGCAUUUCCUGGGUUCCAGGUCUCUGAUCAACGUUCUGUCCUGUAUCAUCAAAGCCUUUUAAACAAACUUUCUAAGUUUGCACUUGUACAUGUUUUUUAUAUAUGAUACAAAUUCCUUCAUAUGAAUGCAAGAUUGACCUUUUGUUGCCUUGAUUACUGUAAUUGUUUAACUGUUGCAUGUCUGAAAACUUUCACUUAAUUUGAAAU